AUGAUGGGCGUUGUGGUUCCGGAUGGCGACCAUGCGCCAGGAACCUACGACCGAGAGGAAUGGUACAUCGCCCGGAUGGGAGCUGGAGCAGUCUGCAGCAAGAAGCUGCGCAGGAUCGUCCAUGUCCCGCGGCAAAGCGGCUCCGACAAUCUGGUCACGCGCUGUGGGCGGCGCCUGGAGCCUGACCAUGUGGACGGCAGCAACGCAAGCACACUGGGCCGCGUCUUCGGUCGAUGCGAUGCCGCAUAUGUCGCGCUCGAGUUCCAAAAGUCCGCGGGAGCUCCGCAUGGUCACGCCCAAUUGUUUGUCCAGUGCCUGCACAAGCACGGCAGCUUGCAGGAGUUCUUCGCAGUUGCCGAGAGCAGAGCGGCAGAGCUACGAGAGGAGUAUUUGCGGUACAACGAACACGUGUGGGGGUGCAUCUACGCACUAAGUCCCCUGAAACUCUAA